AACAGUCCUAACCAUCACUGCUGCGUAAGGACCAAAUAAGGCACAGCGUGUCGCGUAGCGAGGCGCCCAUGGACGUCAGCAACGGUGGCGGAGGUGGCGGCAUUUCCAAGGAGCCGGCAGCGGUGGUUAUGGACGACGUGUCGCUCGCCUCGCAGCCGCACAUGCACCGCAUCGCCCUCGCUAUUAUCACCCUCGGCGGCCUCACGGCGUUCGCGCUCAGCCUCGCGGCGCAGUUCACGCGGAUAUCGACCUACUCGAUCCUGACCAACCCCUGGGGUGCGCUGUACUGCAGCUACCCUCCCUCGGUUGCGACCUGGCUGGCCGUUGCUGCCAUCGCCGUGCUGCUCUUCACAGAGGCCUUCACUGUGCUGACGGGCGGGUUCACGUGGGCGCGGCCGCUGUUCACGCGGCAUGUGGGGCGCGGGGAGCUGCAGCCAACGGUGGGGCAGAGCACGCACGUGCUGCUCGCGGUGCUGCUACUCGACAUCCUCUUCUUCCUGGCAGCCAUAGCCCUGCUGACGGCAGCAGCCAUUGAGAACUCCCUGCACAUCUCCUCCGUGCCCUACUCCACGGACAUCUCGACCAUCAUGUACUGCAGCACCGUCAACCAGGCCAUCUUCAUAUCCGCGGCCGUGCUCGCUGCCUUCUCCGCCGUCCUCAUGGUGGUUUACUACGUGCUCGCGAUCCGUGCGAGCCAGGACACGUGGCUGAGGCACUAUGAGCCGGCGCCCAUGGUGGUGGAUAUGGAGGCUUUUGGACGGGAGACAGUGCGGACGGCGGUGGGGAAUGUCCAUGGGGAGGAUGUGGAGGGGGGGGGAAGGGGGAGGAGUGGGAGGAGCGGGAAGGGCGGGAAGAAGGCGUCAAAGGGGGGGAGGAAGAAGGAGAAGGAGAGUGCGGGAGGGGGAGGGGAAGGGGGUGGGGAAGGGGGUAUGGCUGGUGCGGAUGUGUCGGUGCGCCGCGUGGCGUUUGCAACGCCGCCAGCGAACUGAGGAUGGGAGGGUUGGGAACUUGGGGUAGAGGGGUAGAGGGGUCAGACAGAG